ACCUCACGUAAGGCGGAACCUUGUAGCGGCUGAAUCACUUUCCAGGUGGACCGGUCUCACAGUAACACGCAAGAUUUGUAAACGACGCAAGGUCGUCCGCUCUACUGCGGGCUGGAAGAUUCACAUUUCGGGCAAAAAUGAUGUCCAUAGCUGCUCGAUCAGGGGCUUUGUCCCCCUACAUGCAGGCUACCAAACAUACGAUUAAAGGCCUGCUGGCCGCCGGACAGCUGACUCCUGCUGCGGCUCCAGGAAUGGUCCGCCUCGCCCACACUGACAUCAAGAUCCCUGACUUCUCAGACUACCGACGCCCUGAAGUCCUCGACCCCAACAAGUCCUCCCAGGACAGCAGCGAGGCCAGAAGAACGUUCUCGUACCUCGUCACAGGGGCAUCCACCGUGGUCGCUGUCUACGCAGCCAAGACAGUGGUCAGCCAGUUUGUGUCUUCCAUGAGCGCAUCUGCUGAUGUCUUGGCCUUGUCCAAGAUCGAGAUCAAGCUCGGCGACAUCCCUGAAGGCAAAAACAUGACCUUCAAGUGGAGAGGGAAGCCGCUGUUUGUCCGUCACCGCACAGAGAAGGAAAUCGCAGCAGAGGAGGCGGUGAAUCUCGCCGAGCUUCGCGACCCAGAGCAUGACAAAGAUAGAGUGCUCAACUCCAGCUGGGUCAUCGUCCUGGGAGUGUGCACCCAUCUGGGCUGUGUGCCCAUUGCCAACGCCGGAGACUAUGGAGGCUACUACUGUCCCUGCCACGGCUCUCACUACGACGCAUCCGGUAGAAUAAGAAAGGGACCGGCUCCGCUCAACCUGGAGGUUCCCUUCUACGAGUUCCCCGAUGAAGAGACAGUCAUCGUGGGAUAAACACUGAGCUCUCUCAGCUCGUGUCUGUAUACUGUAUUUUAGGUGGCUCUCUGUUGGAGAUGGGGAUGGUAAAAAAUGUGUAUUUACAAAUAAAGAUAUAUUUCCAACUCUA